AUGUCUACAACAGCUUCUUUUACAUCACAGGCGGUGGCAGAAUGGGUAAAAUUAUUUCCACGGCAGGCGACAGAAACGUAUACAAGUUCGGUAACAUUUAUGAAACAACUGACUGUAGUUGCUAUAAGUACUAUAACGUAUUUGAAGAAUGUCUUCCCUGAAGAAAGCUAUAAGGUUGAGAGUUUCGGGGGCAUUAAGUUACGAGUUUUGAAGAAGAAAUGCAGACAUGAACUGGCGCAGUUCGUGAGUACCGCGCUCACACAAGCUUUUGAAGCGUUCGAUAAGAAAUAUUUACAUCAACUAGUCUUAUGUUUUUACGACGGCGAAUGUAAGGCGGAAAAUUUAGUAGAAUACCACAUAUUUGAAUACCUAUACAAUUCAGAUGGGGUGACCAUGAAUGUGCACUCUAAAACUCGGGACAGUGCUAAAACUUCCACGAGAUAUUCUUUCGAUAAUGUUAGAGAAAGGACUGUCCACUUGAUUAGGGCAUGUGUAGUUAUCAUGCAAGCUUGUCAGAAUGAAAUGCCCGAGUCGUAUGAUGUAAGUCUACGAUUGUAUUACAAUGAAGAUGCUCCAGAAGGCUAUCAAGCACCUGGGUUCCUUACAACAGGUGAGGAACAGGAUCACUUGGAGCAGACGUUACCAGAGACUGUGAAGCUAGGAUAUGUGGAGACUCCGUUCCAUAGACUAACAGCUCGCACAUACAUCAGGGAGAAUAUGGGCUCCAGUCAUGAUGCUAUCCCCUCACAAAAUCCACCGAGGAUGACACAAAUUGAUCAGGACGACUUUGAGAGCAGUUCAGCUAUGAGGAGUGUGACGGACUCGAGUGAGGUGCGAGUUUUGUGUCCGUGUAAUAAACACGAUCUAGAUGAGGCGAACCAUGCUAUACUUACGUGCCAGUACUGCAACACUCAACAACAUGCAGCGUGCUUUGGCCUGACACGUGAGAAUGCGUCUAAAGUACAACGCCAUUGUUGCACUGAAUGUUCUGACAUGGAUCCUAGUAGGCAGCCUACUGAUCAACGACUGGCUACACUGAGCAUUAAGAAGAGAGAAUGCCUCUGCAUAUUCCGUCGUACAAUAGAGUGGUGCUGUCACGUAGCUACCAUAGGGGCACAGGAUCUAGUCGACAAGUUCGCUCUGUCUCCCGUGAACGCUUCAAAACUUAUGAAGCUGUUGCAUUCACAUGGCAUUAUUAAUCAGGGAUCUGAGUCUGAUCUAAUCACUUCAUGUGAAAUAAUUCUGGACCAAUUAAAGUCGGUAAUGAGCAAAUUCUUCCAGCAAGAGGAACCGGACUUAGUAGACAGGUUGAUAGCCGAAACUUUGUCUCAGAGCAGUCAACCCGACCCAAUAGGAGAGGUCCUUAGUCCCAUGGAAAAGGUGAACUUACAGAAUGCUACUACACUUGGUAAGAUUAUAGAGCCUGAACAAAAUAUACAGAUGGUUGAAGAUGAGACCUUGAAAGAGUAUAGAAAUGCAUUAAUGUGCGACGUGGACAAUGAAGAAGGGUUACCUCUAAGUGGUAGUCAUAAUCCUGUCAACGUUGAAGACUUGGGCAAAAGGACCGGAAAAAGGAAGUCGGAUACGGCCAAAAAGACCGGAGUCCGAACUAAAAGGGCCAGAGCUUCUCAUGAUUGA